AUGAACAGGUUUGGGAUAUACACAAGCUUCAAGCACAGAGAGAUGGCUGAACAUUCAUAUGGUGAUGAUGACAACUAUGCAAAUUCGAAUACUGAUGACGAAUAUGAUGAGAUCGAUAACUUCCAAUGCUCUCCAACUUCAUCUCCUGUGCAUUCUACCUCAGAUGGACCGGUUGUUACGAAUUCUUCGGAUGAGAUGGUUGCUAGGCUUAUUGAUAUGGGAUUUUCAGAAGAAAUGAUUGCUAGAGCAAUCGAGGAAACUAAAGGAGCACAUUCGGAACCUGAUUUGAUUAUUGAAACUCUCGUCAAGUAUUCUACGAGCUCUGUAGCUAGUUCUUCAAAAUCUAAAACCAUAGAUCUUCUUAUUGCGAUGGGUUUCUCUGAGGAAUCGGUGAUAAAAGCUAUUCAAGAAUAUGGAGAUGAAGAUAUAGACGAGAUAACAAACGUACUUCUGAAUAAUGCAAAGAGCUCUGAAGCUAGUUCAUCAAAAUCAAAGAUCACAGAUCUUAUUGCGAUGGGUUUCCCUGAGGAGUUGGUGAUUAAAGCUGUUCAAGAAUAUGGAGAUGAAAAUAUAGACGAGAUAACAAACGGACUUCUGAGUUAUCCAGAGAUUGAGAAAUUGCGUGAAACAGAAGAUGAAGACAUCACUUUUAGCUCGCCGUCAGAUAAUAAUGAUGAUGAUCUUUACUCAGGUCUAUUUUUCUCAGAUGAAGAGGAUGAACUAAACUCCUCCCCUCGAGAUAGUAGAUUGCGAGAUUUGGUCAAAAUGGAGUAUUCGAGGGAUGAGGCUGCUAAAGCUAUAGAGAGAUGCGGUAAUCCCUCGCUCAAUGGUUACAUAUGGCACGACGAUGCAGUUCAUGAUGAAGAAGAGGCAAGAAUUAGCAGUAGCAAGAAGAGGCGAACAGACAAUGAGCCAGCUGAAAGAGGGAGAAAGCGGAACACUACCAUGGUCCAUCAUGAUGAGCUCGUUCGUCUACCAAAGCCAAUGAUCGGGUUUGGCGUACCUACCCAUUCCAGAGUUUUGAUGCACAGACCAGUCCCAAUUCCAGAUGUAGCUCGUGGCCCGCCCUAUUUUUACUAUGAAAAUGUUGCUAUGGCACCUAAAGGUGUUUGGGACACGAUCACCAGGCAUUUCUAUGGAAUCAUGCCGGAAUUUGUAGACUCAAAACAUUUCUGCGCGGCUGCGAGGAAGAGAGGGUAUAUACAUAAUCUUCCCAUCAAGAACAGGUUUCAAAUUCAACCUCCACAAGAGUAUACGAUUCAUAAAGCUUUUCCCAUGACGAAGAGUUGGUGGCCAACUUGGGAUGGACGAACCAAACUGAAUUGUUUGCUUACUUGGAUCGGGAGCGCUAAACUCACAAGCAGACUCCGUACAGCUCUUGAGAGAUAUGAUCGAGAGCCACCUGAAGAGGUGCAGAAACAUGUCAUGAGACAGUGCAAGAAGUGGAAUCUCGUUUGGGUCGGGAAGAACAAGCUUGCUCCACUUGAACCAGAUGAGAUGGAGAAGUUUCUUGGUUUCCCAAGAGAUCAUACUCGAGGAGUCACUAAAACUGACCGUUACAAGUCUCUCGGAAACGCAUUUCAGGUUGAUACUGUUGCAUACCACUUGUCUGUCUUGAAGCCGUUGUUCCCAAAUGGAAUCAAAGUUCUGUCACUGUUCAGUGGAAUUGGCGGUGGAGAAGUUGCAUUACAUCGCCUUCAGAUCCCAAUGAAGGUAGUCGUCUCUGUCGAGAUUUGA